AUGGCAACUACCUCCAACAGCACGAAAACCAACUCAUAUUUCCCUUUAGCGGCGACAGCUACAUGCUUCUGCGGUGCUGUCCAGCUGAGCUUUCCAACCCAGGGCCCUGGCCUAGUCGACACCUUCAUUUGCAAUUGUACGGACUGUCGCAAGAUCACCGCAUCAAUGUUCGCCUCGAACUUUACCAUCGAUGACCAGCAUUUGGUUCAUGAGCGCGGCCGCGAGUUGCUAUCGUCCUAUAGCCAGUCCAAGACCGUGGCCUCGGGGAACAACAUGACCAACUUCUUCUGCUCGGUCUGCGGCACCCUGAUGUACCGUGUUUCGACUGGUUUUCCCGGAAUGAGCAUUCUACGCAUUGGGACUAUAGAUGAUUUCGCCCUGCACGAGAAUCAGUUGAAGCCGCGGAUUGAACAGUUUGUGAAGGAUCGUGUGGGUUGGCUAAGGGCGGCUGAGGGUGUCAACCAGGUCCAUGGGAAUUACUAUACUUGA